AGAGUAGCCGAGAGAGAAUUACUGGCUAUACUGUACGCUAAGUAGGUAUAACAGUGUUUUUCGUGGGAUAAUAUUUACCCGACGUCCGUCACUGUUCGGGAUACAGAUAAUCUCACCGGGUUUAUCGUCUGCUUGCUUGUGGAGUACAUUUCAUUGUUUGCGAAUUUUUUGCUUUGCGAAGGUACACGCUCUAAAACGGAGAGUUUGAUGCCAAUGUUCCCAGUUGGAAAUUUCAUCGAAACACGGUCUUACCUUUAAGAAAGUCACGAAACAAUAGUUUCUUUUAUUGUGUCAGUUCGAAGUGGAUGUCAGUGUCACAGCAACUUCUCAAACCAACUCUAGUGCCGUUUCCACCGGUCUUGUUUUGCCUGUGGCUACUGUGACGUAAAGUCGAUAAAAACGUCAACGGACGAGACCUAACGCGUCUUGCCUGUACUACUUUCUCCACGCCGCUGUUGACACAGUGGGCCUACGAGACAGACCCUUGAGCGAAUUGCGUCGGAGUCUUUCACUACAGUCAUUGAUCGGAACGAGAAAACACGGAGGCCGGGUUGUUGGAGUGAAGUAACGCUGAACUGUUGAUUCCGUGGCACAGCAGUCACGUCGCACGGAAAAUAAAGUUAGUGAAAUUUAAGAAAGUCAGCCCUGAAGUGGAAGGAAAAACGAAACGCUAGGGUUAAAAACAAAAGGAGAAACGAGUUUAAAGAGACUUUUUAAAGAGAAAGAGAAGAGGACACUAAGUUUGAAGAGAGCAUUUUAAAGAGAAAAGAGACUUUAGAAAUGAAAGGUGAGGACAUUAAAAAGUAGUCACGAGGUUUGUGUAUAGAGAAAGGAAGUUCUUUCAACUCUAAAAAUCCAUCAGCAUUUGUUUUAGAUUUGAGAUAAGACUACAGAACAGGAAAAAAGUGAAUCUAAGCUAUCUUUAUCCGAAGCGAGAGUUUCGUUGGAGAAAAUAAAUUAUAAACAGAAAAUGAAUAACCAAACGCCAGUAUUAACUUGAUACCAAGAACAAAUAUCUGACGAUGAAGGUACUUGAGUGAGGAGUAGCUGUACUGGUGGAUUUAUAUGAAGAAAUAGUCCAUGUGUGCCCUCCUAAAGGUAUUAUAUGAAGAAAUAAUUCAUGUGUGCCCUCCUAAAGGUAUUAUAUGAAUACGUAGUUUACAUAUCCCGUCGCUGAGGUGCUAUUUGAAAACAAAAGUCCCAAGUUAACGUUUGCCCUACUGGUGGUAGUUCCUCGACGUUGACGUUGUGUUUUUGUGUUUAUUUAUUGUUUCAAAAUCGAAGACAAAUCUUCGCAGUCUAAUAAACACAAAUGGCUUUCUUCAAAUUUUUUGGAAAGAAAAAGAAAGAGGAGUUGGUCAUCACCGGGAUCAAGGACCCGGAGAUGGAGCAAGAGGAGGAACGCAGGAGACUGAAACACUCACUGUCCGUGUCCAGAUCCGGAAGGUUCAAGCAGAAGAAGAAGGAAAGGUCCGGCUUUCUGGACAAACCCGACCUCUUCGACACGGCGAACCACGAGUCAUCGUCCGCGUCAGAAGACAGCCCCAGCAGACGCCGUCCUGAGCGAGGGGGGCCUGGCGAGGGUGGAGGAGCAGGGGGCUGUGGGGCUGCUGCGAGUUCGGGAAGAUCCACCAACAGUCAGUCCGGACAAGGGAGUCAUUCGAGACAGGGCGACAAUUCAGGACACGGAGGAGGCUCACAGGGUGGUUCGCAGGGUGGUGGUGCUGGUGGUGGUGGUGGUUCCAGACAAGCUGCUAACCCCGGUUCUGGGAAGUCGGCUGCCACCAGUUCGCAGUUAGGCCAAGGUCAAGGACGAUCUCCAAAUAAUAGUUGUAGAGAACUUAAUGGGAGAAUCAUUCCCGGAGGACUGAGGAUGGGACAACAGGGCGUGGCCUCCUGACCACAAAUAAACCAGUGAUGUAAAAAUAUUUUUUUAAAUAAUUUUUAUUGUUAAAAGCAAAUAUAUGCAGUGUGUAUUGUGUCAUUUACGGAGACGUUACUUCGGAAAGCCCAAGGUUGAUGUAUCCAGAACAGCUAUAAAUAAUCCUAACGCUUGUACAGUAUAUUUUUGUGUCGCAGCAUUCCUGUUAAUGUGACCAACAAGAGGAGAUACUCUUGUAUAAAUGAACCUAAACUUAGUUGUAGACCAUGAUUAAGGGUUGAUUCGAAAAUGAUCAUAAGGAUGAUAUUACGCGAAUGUUUGUAGUGGAGGUAGUGCAUCAAUUGGGAAGUUUGAUCUGCAGGUGAAUAUUUAAAAAAAAAUUCCCCUAUAACAACAAAAAUCAACAAUGGAGAAUUCUGUUUAUGUACAAUAACCGUUAAUCAUGGAUAUAUGAAUCCACAAUUACUUGUAUUCCAUGAUUAAAUUACCUUAAUGCCUGGCUGUUUUAUUUAAUGCUGAUUCGGUAAUGAUCGCAUGGAUAGUAGGUGUGUGUUUGGAGUGAGAGCAGUGACGUAGCGUGGGUCGCCAGCGCCCGGGGCAAGACAAGUAUUGCGCCCCCUAACCAGUGGACCGUUGGCACUCGCCGAGUCACUUAUAGCAGUCCAGAAGUUUGCGUCCAGGGAAACCGCCCUGCUGGCCCCGCCCGCGCUACGUCACUGGGUGAGAGUAGAGGAUCAUUCAGAUGAUCGAUACGCAGACUGAUACAAGUUAAAACAAAUAAUACACACAACAAAUAUCAAUGAUGGAGCAGGGGCGUAGCGUGAUCUGCACCUGGGGUGGGUUCGAAUAUGAACCAAAUGGACCUUUUUCUAAUUUGUUUUUGCACCACCAGAAACUCCAUAUGUAUCAAACUGUUUUAGUUAAGGGGGGGGGGGGGUCGUUCGAACCCCCUAGCCUACGCCCCUGUGGAGGAUUCUGUUAUCAAGUGACAUGGAUAUUAAACAGAAAUAUUUCUGACUAUAUCUCUGACGCCCCAGUUUUCAUCUCGUUAGUCUUGCUUUGAUUAUAUUCCUGAAACUAAUACAUUUGCAGAAGGUGUCUGUCCAGUUGUAAUUGUGAUGCUCUGCAUCAUGUUCACGUGCAUUGGAAUUGUGUUGCUACUGCUUUUGUUGUACGUGACGCUUGUAGUAAAGUACGCCAUAAUGUUAUUCUACUCCAAAUGGUGCUUUGUUAACAUAAUUGAUAUCCACGAAUGGAUUGCAUUCAACAACGUGAAACACUCAUUAGCAUGGUUGCUGGUAUUAGCUGUGAACAAACAAAGAAAUAUUUCAACAAGCAUCAUCAUUAAUGCCAAAACCAACGUCCUGAUCAUCACCACCACCAUCAACAAUUACACACAAAAACCAUGUAAUAAGCUGUGAUUAAUGAAACAUGACGUCACAACCAUUGCACAAUGACGUCAUUCCGGGGUACUGUCUGGCAUAAACAUUGUUAUUCAAGAAAAUCUUUGGACAUUUUGUGAGGUUAUUUUUCUACCAGGUUAUUUAAUCCAGCUUGCAUAAUUGUUUUCUUUAUUUCUGCUGAUCUUUUAGCUUUCAUUCUUACAAUUUGUAUUGUACUAUUGAUGAGGUUUUUGUUUUAUUAAUUUGUGUUUGUUACCAGAGUUACCCUACUCCAUCAAAUAGUGGUAUAUGAUUUCUGUGGUAGCAUCUGGUGUUUAAUAUAAAUAGGCGCCAUUCCUCAGCACCCAGUAAUGUGGAAUAGGUGCCAUACCCUAGAACCCAGUGAUGAGGGUACAAAUCCGAGUGAAAGGUUUCUUCCUACAAAACGUGAUUCUAAAAAACAAUUACGAAGAAUUCCUUAAUUAUAUAUCGUGUGGUACAUUGAUUUUAUUACACAAAUAAUGAAGCUGAUAGUAAUGACUUUAUGCUGCUGCUGGUGGUGAUGAUAAUGACGAUGAUGAUCUUGAUGACGAUAAUAAUAUCUGAUAAUAAUUUUAAAUUUUAAUUAAAACAACUAUCCUGAGUUUUUAGUUUUAUUUUAGUGAUACAUUUUUAUAUAAAAUAAAUCUUUCUUUUUAAAACUUAUUUGGCGCUAUAUAUCUUUAACUCCAUUGACAUUUUUUUUUUUUUUUUUUUUUUUGUACUUUCAUACCAUAAAUA